AUGACAGACUCGCAGCCCAAACUUGAGGGUGUGGCAAGAGCAAGUGGCAAGGUCAGCUAUGAUACUACAGGUCAAUUACUAUCACCAACCCUCGCGAAGAGGUACAGCCGACCCUUGGGAAAAUUUGGAUCUGUCGAUCAUCAGAUACUAGGUAACAAUGGAAAAAGUGGAGUAACACCGCGGAGAAAUAUUUCGAAACCUCGAAAACGUGGAAAGAGGCGCAGUUGGGAGGAGAUUUUGGAUGACAUAGAUAUAUAUCAGAGAAAGUGUUGGUACGAGAAGGAUACGGAAGACGUAGCACCCACGGAUUGCGUAGGUCCUAGAUUAAACGGCUUCACGGCACUUGAUCUUCAUGGCAUGCAAUCUUUGGCGGCUUUGGAUACAAAUGUUUCCCUUCAUAGUCUUGAAAAUCCUAUUCAUCCUUGUUUUGAGAGAAGCAGAUGGGUGGUAGAGGAUUGCAUGCCGAAACAUAAGGGGGCAAUACCGAUUCUUGGGAGACACGAAGGAUUUUGGGUAGACGGGAAUCAGUUGAGAAUCGCUACAACACUUGUUCAUGAGUUUGCGCAUGCUUUAAGGAGAUCCAUCAUUAACGGAGAAGAGAUCUGGGGAGGUCAACCCACACCUCUCAUCACUCAGGUACAUAAUCGCGGUGGCCCUCGGCUUCCUAAUCUUGGUAUUACCAAAACCAGCUGGUUUACCGACAAAAAUAAGUCCUAUCAAACAUCAAGGAAUGCCCCUCCAUUGAAUCUCAAACCAAAGAGAGGUUGGGUUGAUGAGUUUCACACAUAUGAUUAUUGGCCCGUGCCAACACAAUGGUAUAAAACUCUCUUCACUGAAGGGUUUUGGGAAAAUGUUAGAGGAUUUGGGCCUGAAGCUAAAAAGAUGAGAACAGAGAAAUUGGGAAUGAGAUUCCCCUCAGAAGGCCAUCCUGACGCGAAAAGCCGGGUAGAUGAUAGUGGUAUUAACAUUGGCGGUGGAUGGUCGUAUGGACCACCCCAGACAAGGAGCCAAACCGAGAGGUCCAGAAUGAAGGACAGACUAUCAGCGAAACUCACUAGACAACAUAAUGUAAGGAAGGCUGAGAACUACACAAAUCACCCCGUAAUCACGUACUCUUGUCCUAGGUGGGACGACAUCGUCGAAUACUUAUUUACCAAUCGUGGACUAUUAGACCUGGCAUUAGAUAGUAUGGAAGUUUUCUCUGAACCAACUUUCUUCCGGUAUAUUAGAGACCAUGGAGGUAUCAGUCUUACACCGAUGGAGUUUCGGAGCUUCCUGGGUGUCGCUAAUGAGAGACAAGAGUUGUUUUUAUGGGAACCAUUUCCAGGGUUUGGAAUAGUGAAACAUAUCCCGACAGGAUGGCCGCCUUCGAGUUCUGCAUCUUCUACAUUUUGGACGUCACUUAUUAGUGAGGCAGACGAAGACAACAUGGAGACUUUGGAUAAUUUCAUGUCCGACCAAUCAGUCCAAGAAGCACUUUACGAGUAUUGUGGUGAGUGUAGGGACUUGGAUAUGGAAAGUUUUAGACUGUGGCUAGUUCAUCGAUUUGAAGCGGAGGAGUUUGACGGCGAGGAUGCGGAUGAAGAUUUUCGGAAUGUGAUUCUGGAGAGUGUUAGACAAGGCGGUACAUACUUCACCCCAAAGAAUAUUGUUCGAUUUAUAUACCCCAUUAAAGAUAUUAGAGAGAGAAAAGCAGAUGAAUUUACGAAGCAGAGAAUGAAAAUAUUAGAGGAGGGAGCAGAUAGUCUUACGUCAGGGGUAUCGUCCCUGUAG